GUUUUGUAUUUCAGUUUAAACGAUCGUGGGAAGCGGUAAGCGUCUGUCUGUUUGAAUUAUUAAUUAAACACGAGGGUUGCGGUUUUUACUUUUUCAAUUAAAGAACAAUGGAUACAACAACUGGAAUUAAAGAAAAAUUGGGAAAAAUUUUAAUUGAGGGUAAAACAAAACAAGUGUUCGAUUUGCCGGAACACCCCGGACUUUGCUUGUUGCUCAGUAAAGAUCGCAUAACUGCAGGCGAUGGCGUAAAAGCUCAUGAUUUGGAAGGCAAGGCAGAAAUAUCGAAUGCCACAAACGGACAAGUAUUCGAAAUCUUAAAUGAAGCUGGUAUUAAAACUGCUUAUGUGAAACCAUGUUCCCUGAAAGCCUUCAUUGCGAAGAAAUGUGAGAUGAUACCAAUAGAAUGGGUAACUAGACGUUUAGCCACUGGCUCUUUCUUGAAACGUAAUACCGGCGUACCUGAAGGAUAUAGAUUUUCACCACCAAAGCAAGAAACUUUUUUCAAGGAUGAUGCCAAUCACGAUCCUCAAUGGUCGGAUGAACAAAUACUAGCGGCUAAAUUUACUUUCAAUGGCUUAGUUAUCGGUCAAGAUGAAGUCGAUAUUAUGAAGCGUACUACAGUGUUGGUAUUUGAAAUACUAGAAAAAGCUUGGGCUACUAAAAACUGUGCUUUAAUAGAUAUGAAAGUAGAAUAUGGCGUUGAUCCAGAAGGAAAUAUUGUACUUGCUGACAUAAUUGACUCGGACUCAUGGCGUCUUUGGCCAUCGGGUGAUAAACGUUUAAUGGUUGAUAAACAAGUUUAUCGUAAUUUGACAUCAGUAACGUCUAGUGAUUUGGAUACUGUAAAACGCAAUUUUAUCUGGGUGAAUGAGCAAUUGAAAGAUAUUACACCUAAAAAAGAUCAUCUUGUUGUUAUACUUAUGGGCAGUGGUUCUGAUUUACUGCAUUGUCAAAAAAUAUCCGCAAACUGUAAAAGUUUGGGAUUAAAUACUGACUUACGUGUUACAUCAGCCCAUAAAGGACCUGAGGAAACAUUACGUAUUAUGCGUGAAUAUGAAAGUGUUAUAGGCAAUCUGGUUUUUAUUGCAGUAGCUGGUCGCUCAAAUGGCUUAGGCCCAGUUCUAUCAGGUAGCACAACGUACCCUGUUAUAAAUUGUCCACCCGUAAAGGCCGAUAAUAUGCAAAUUGAUGUUUGGUCGAGCUUAAAUGUGCCUUCGGGCUUGGGUUGUGCUACAGUUUUAUACCCGGAGGCUGCAGCCUUACAUGCCGCACAAAUACUAGGAAUUUCGAACUUUAUGAUAUGGUCUAAACUACGCGUAAAACAAUUAAAUAAUUUUGUUAAUUUAAAAAUCGCCGAUAAAGAAAUAAGAGGAGUUCACAAUGCUUAAAAAGCCUAACAACUGUUAUAUAUCAUAUUUCAUUUUAUAUUUUAUAAUAUCUUUUAAAACAAAACAGUGUUUUGUUAUAUUGUAUACAGAAAACAUUAAAAAUUUUAUU